CAUCACCCUAGUGUCGGAACUCGCUUAUAUUUCUCUUCUCCAACCUUCGACUUUCACUUCACAGUGAGUGCAUUUUGGAUCUCUGUUAUUUUGUUCAUAGCAUAUCUCACCGCUUGUGUGGACACAGAGUAGGAACAUACUGGACAACCUGGGAUACCUUUGAACUUCUUGAUAUCAUUCUUGUAGGCGUUCCAUCUUCCACCAUGUCCACCAGCGUGGCCAGUAAAUCGGCCGAGGAGGUUCUCUACAGGCAGUUGAAGUACAGGGCUGUUGACCCCCUGGAGCACAACCUGCACUGCCUGGAUGUGUUAAUUAGGGGCGAACAGAAUUUGGUUCGGAGGAUGAUGUCCAAGUUCUCAAGCAGUAUGCGGCCAUUGGUCAGAAUGGGAUCUAUGCUAGACGUGAUAUUGAUGGCAGACAAAUCCAAAUGGCGAUCUGCUCAUCAAGCUGAUCUUGAUCGUAUGCGGAAAGGGUUAACUGACCUUGAGAAUCCCCUGAAGCCCCGACCCUCACAUCAGAACUUCGAGAAGAAGCGGUUGGUGAGCGCGAACCUAUCCUUUUCGACUUCAAAUAAAGUUGUCCUUUGGCUUGCGAGUGUCGCAGGCAUUGACUUGGGCAACGAGGAGAGUCUGUCUUGCGCCAUGGACGGUUUGACUGCUGCUUCAGUCGAUUACACGAAAGUUUGCAGUUGGGUCAUGGGUGGUGAUUGGUUUCCGAACAUACCAUUCUUGCAAAAGAUAUGUUCUGAUUGGUCAGAGAACACUAGAAGCAAGGUAAAGCAGCUUUGGAUUGUGACUGAAGUCCUGUACGCAACGAAAUUCACCGUGACUGGACGGCGAGGACUAUUCGGCAGGGUUAUGGCGCACGCCACAAUCGGAACUCCAGGAGUAGGUGUAGAUGCGGGCGGAGAUAUUGGCGUGAAGUGCAUCAAUGAAACGACACUGGAGCUGAAGGCCAAGCGAAACAAACAAUUUAUUGUUGGGUAUAGAACUAUGAGAGUGGAGUUCAACCCUGAUGGCAAGCCGGUACUAAUGAGGAAGGCGGAAGACGGAGGCCUUCGUGGAGAUGAUGACGAUUAUUUGGCAGCGAUGGGAGAGGACAUCUUUGAGGUCGACGAAUAUGAAAGCAAAGUUCUCAUCCCCCUGAUAACGCCUACUGAACAAGAGCUUAAUAACCCCCAGGCACAAGUUGUAGCACUCAAUUCCGAUGAUCCAGAGGCAACAGGUGCAUCGACCUGAUUUUGAAGUAAAGUGCUUGACCUGCUUGACCUACUAGCUGCUUGGUCCUCGUGGAGCUGCACUAUGUCGCAAUGGCGGGGGGUGUGUCGAGUGCGGAUUCGCGUGAGAAAUUCGACCGAUUUUGGCGUCAGAGAACCUUACCGACCUUGGCCCACUUACUAUACCGAUAGGUCCAAUUGAUAUAAUAAUGGGUCCCUUGCUGUAUUGAAUCAAAUUCAGCAACUGGUUGACAAUCUAACUUUUCCAUUGUUUUGACUUUUGAACAAUGGAUAGCUGUUUGACCUCUGAACAGAGGAUACAGUUGUGGAUGGUCAUGGACUUACAUGCCUGUUCAAAGUCUCUCCAAAGGGAGAGUGGCUGAUAGAUUCUAGCAAUUUGAUUAAUGUAGAAGUGGAAAUUGACCACUUGGGCUUCACACUCGAGCUCAAAGCCGAGAGGUAGACAGCUCCAGCAUGCCUACGUGGCAAGCACUACUUGUGAGGUUUAGCGCCAAGAGUUUGGUCUUUGGUUGAGAGUUCGGGUCUUAUAAGAUUGGGAAUCCAAACUCUCCUCAAGAGUCCAAAUCUCUUCUCUAAUUUCAAUAUAUUCUAAUACAUUUCUAACAUCCUAGACUUUGGACUAUCAA